AGCCAAAAGGUUCAGCUUUUGAGCUCCAGUCCACGUCCGCAAACUUGCCGGCGUCGACACUUACAUCGUUAGAACCCUCCGUACUAAGACAUGAAGCGCAGCUUUUAGCUGCAUCACCUGUUUGAUAGCGAGCCAGAUUCCCUUUCAUUGCAGCCAUGGUAGUUCUUGAAUCCGGGGUAGCAGUUGCUGCCGCUGGUAUGACACCAGGUGCUGCUGCCAAGGUUUAUGAGUACAACAGAGACAACUUCAAGAACGACCGCGAGCAGCGUAUGAAGAAGGAGUUCCAUGAGCGGAAGUACCGUGUGAUCCAGGGCCAACUCUGGCGAGAGGAUGUCCGGGACUUCAUUUCUCUCACGGAGCAGAAGAUGUCCUUGUACCUCAUCAUCAAUGUUUUGCUGCUGAGCUUCACCGUCACAAUGUGGGUUGAGGGCCAACUUCCAGAAACCACUCCGGAUUGGUUGGUCAUCGGCUACCAGAUCGCUUCUGUUGUUGCCUUCUCUUAUCUCGUGCUGACCAUUUGGUUGGCGAUGCAUGCGGCAGUGUCAGCACAGAGUUACCAAGCGAGAAUACUAACUCAACUGGUCAGACUGCCACUUCCAACUUGGAAAGAACUGGAGGCCGCCCGAACAGCGGCUUCGGAAUUCGAGAAAGUUGAAUCAAGGCAGCAGUUUCGUGUGCCCUUUGUAACUGGUGCUCAAGAGAACUUCGUUCCAGGACACACAGCCGAAGCCUCAAGCAGUACUGCCACAGUGGAAGUCACUGGCAACACGGGUGGCAGCGACCGUCAGGUGGACUCCAGUGUGUCCACAGACCCAUGGGGUCUUGAGCAAAGAGGAGACGCCAAUUACGAACUCAACAACUACAGUGGGGCGGAGGUCGCUGAACUGCGACACAUCAAGCUGCUUCGGCAGGCUGCUGUUUACUGGCAGACCUAUGAUGCCUUUGCACGCGUUUCCAUGAGUGUUGGCAUCAAUCAGUUGAUGCUUGGCAUGAGCUACUAUAUCUUAGGGUAUGCGAUGCUGGAGGUUAAGGCUCCCUGCGCGGCCUUGGGAGGCGUCCUGGCCUUCAUGGGCUCAUCAGAGGUCGUUGCCAGAGUGGACCUCACCUUGCCCACUGGGCAGCAGCGAUUCUUGCAAGUUCUCGUUGGCAUCGGCCCCGUUUUCAGCUUCUUUGCCGCGUACAUUUGGUCCUUCCACCGUGAAGAAACCAACUUGGCAGAAUUGCUGGCACCGCUCGCCUACAUAUCAAAUGGCAUUGCACUGGGCAUCAUGACGAUCUUUGUGCGAGUGGAAGAGCAGGAGAAUGGCGCCAUGGUGCCGCGCGCUUUUAAGAGCGUACUCUUCUUGGAUGUUUUUGGAUGGGUCUCACAGAAAGGAAAAGACUCUGAGGAGAGUGCGCACAGCCAAGCUCGCUUGGUUCGAGCAGCAGGAGGCAAAAGUAGGCCACAAGCAGAAGCUGUUCAGUAUGAUCAAUAUGGCAAUUCCGUGCCAACCAAAGCAGUUGAUGCCAUGCCUGGCCAGUAUGAGGACUUGCGCUACUGGGACGGAGCCCCACGUGCCUGGGAGACUGUGAAUGCUAUGGAGCCAGUCUCGAAGGACUUUUGGGAUCCGGUGACCUUCAUGCCACCCGGGAGUCGGGAGAGAGAAAAGGUAGAUGAUCUGCUGAAGGAACAGGAAGACAAAGAAGACCUUUCAAAGUUUGGGCUGUCCCCCUCACUUUCAGAAGCGACAGGCUUCUUUAGGCUAAUAGCUCCCGAGGCCAAAGAUGACGAUGUUGAAACUGGUCACGAACGAGAGGCACCUGGUGCAGCUCCUUGGAGGAUCUUCCGCAACAUGUCAUUGGCAACAUGCAUCUUUUGGAUGCUUGCAGGGGUGUGGUCGUUCAUGACUGUUGCCAUCCCUGAGCUUAUUGACCUUGGAUUGGCCUUCGAGGACGAGAUUGCAGAGAAGCACAAGCCACAGUCCGAACUUGUAGGUCUUGCUCCUCUCCAUGAACCAGGAUCUCAAGGUGAACGUCGGUCUUCACUGUUGGCUUUACGCACUUCGGUGAAGACUGCCAAGUUUGAGCCUGUUCACACUACAUGGCCGUACCCUGGAAUCAGGCCGACCGGCUUGUCUUGCGAUGCUCGCGGCCACCACUUGCUGGUGACUGAUGGCUUGUCAACUUUCGUUGCAGCGGUGCACGAGAAGGCAACACAGCUGCCUCAAAGCAAAGACAGUACAAUGAGGCUUCGCCACUUUCACCAGGACAAUUCGCUCAGUGCCGACUUCAUUCAGGCUGCGCCUUGUACUGCCCUCUUGGGCGAAAGACUGCAGGAUACUGCUUUGACAUGCUUCGAGAACACCACGGCCAGUUGCGAGGCGCUGGUGCUUCAUCAGCAAGGCCGACGUGUGGCAUCUUGCCACGUGGAAAAUGGAGGCGGCUCCAGCCUGUCUGUUUCGACUGCCUGGCUAGAUGGACCGCAAUCAGCAGAUCCUGAGAAGGCACUCUUCGUGAUGAUGGAUCCUGCCUGCUUCAGCUCAAAGAGUUCUGAUUUGUUGGGCCCUAGUUGUGCAUCUGUUGGUACAUCUAAGCGACGAGCAGCACGACUACAGCGUGGGGCCAAAGGAGAUGACUUGGUGCCUGUUGAUGUUCUCGAAGAGAAGGAAGUCGACCCUCUUCGGGGACGGCCCAAGAGCAUGCGCUUGCUCACAGAGAGGUAUCUUGGUGUGCUGAAUGCGGAUGACAAGACCCUGGAGCUUCUGGACAUGGACAAUGGUGAAGCCACAUCUGCAGCAAUGCAUUUGAAGACCGACAUGUCCUUGGAAAGCUUCUGUGUAAGCGCUAACCACAUCUUCCUCCUUGGCAGUGGUCCGCAUCCAAAAUUGCUGAGACUUCCAUUGAGAUCGACUCUGACUGGCUGAACGAGCCAAACUACCCCUUCAUUCCAUGUCCCAACAAAGCAUGUGUUUCUUUUGCUUGCCCAGGAUGAAGAUUGUACAAAGUUGUUGGUGGAAAUGAGAAUUGAGAUGGGGAAACGAGAAGGGCUUGCCGCUUGCCCACGCAAAGAUGGUUUGGACUCGGACGAGAUUCAUCCCGCGCAGCUCCGAUUCACCACUGGUGAAAGCUUGCCAGACCAGGCGAACUGCCUAAAUUGAACCAAAAAAAAGUAGGAAAAUAGCACGAAGGUUGGAUAGAACAGGUCGGAUUCCUUGGGUAAGCAGUCACCAGCCCAUGGCAGUGCUUCCAAGGAUCAUGCCGAC